AUCACAUCCACCUAAAAAAAUACCAACAUGGGUUCCGAGCAGGAGAAGGGUUACGAGAGCCGCACCGGCCAGAGCGAGAUUCCCGUGCUUAAGGACGACGCACCCAUCGAGACGACCGAGUACAGCGACCGUGAGAUCGCCGACUCUGACAAGCAGCUCGAGCGCGACGAGCAGGACGCGAUUGAUGAGAGCAACAUCUUGAACGAGCGCACACGCGGUGCUUCUAAGAAGUCUGGCACCUACACCGAGCCCGGUGAUGAUGAGGGUCUUGAGCGCGCUGUUGAGGGUAAUGAUGGCACCUCUUCCGGUCGUCAGUAAGAUUUCAGCACUGGGUGCUAUGAUUCGAGCUUCUUCUCUAUAUUUUUUCUCUACUUUCUUCGAUGAAGCGGUCUCGCCCACGCCGCAGCAUUACUCAACGUUCUACCAUCUAUUUCCACUUCAAUCUCGAUCCCUUCAUGGUCCUACAUUCGUUGUCAGCUCUCGAGGUGAAACUGUCCUCGAUUCUGAGUCACUUGAACAACAGAGUCGAAUAGGUGAAUGCAAAUCGUGCCCAGUCACCGGGCCACAGCGCGAUGCCGCCCUCACCUCGCCUCCACGAACCGCGCACAAUAUAAACAAAUUUUCUUCUGUUGCCAAACCCUCCACAUCCACUAUCAACCGCACACAUAUUUUUCUUCACACCUCUC